AUCCUGGCGCGUGGGUUAGCUUCAGUCGGCGGCGCGAGCGGGCAGCGCGCGGUCUGCGGGGCCGGCGGCGCCAUGGAGUUCCGGCUGGAGGCGCACCGCAUCGUCAGCAUCUCGCUGGGCAAGAUCUACAGCGCGCGGGGCCAGCGCGGCGGCCUCAAGCUGCACAAGAACCUGUUGGUGUCGCUGGUGCUGCGCAGCGCCCGCCGGGUCUACCUGGGCGAGCCCGGCGGCGAGUGCGCCCUGCCGCCCCGCCCGGGCCCGCCGCCGCCCCCGGACUGCGAGAGGCUGCGGCGCGGCUAUCGCCCGUUGGGCUCGGAGGCAGUGGAGCGGGGGCGGGCGGAUUUCCCGGCCGAGUGCCCCCGGAAGCGGAGCGCAGCCGAGCGGGGCCAGGUGGCGGGCUCCCCGGGGAAGAAGCCGCGGCGUGAGGCGGAGCCGCCCCCGCCGCAGGAGGACAUGGAGACUGGCAACGUGGCCAGCCUCAUCAGCAUCUUCGGCUCCGGCUUCUCGGGGCUGCUGGGCAAGGAGCGUGGCGCAGCGGAGGCGACCGAGCCAGGGCAAGUCUGCUGCGAGCAGCCGGCGCUGCGGAGCCUCAACCCCUGGAGCACGGCCAUCGUGGCUUUCUGAGCCCCGCCGCGGCCUGACCACUCUGCGUGGCCGCCCCUACCCCGCACCACCGGCGGGCGGAGGGCCGGGACUGGCUUCUUUCCAAGAAGGCAGGAAGCUCUGGGCGGCGCUGGGAACUUUUGGGCCUUGCCCCGCCGCCCUGGGAACUGCCCUGGGCAGCACCAGCACUUCACUUCUCCCUUCCGCGCACACGGACAUGCCACGAUCUCCUUUCCCCUGCGCUCUUUCCCACCUAGGGAUCUGACUGUGCGACUCUUUGCCUUCCCAUGUGGCGCCUUUCCUGCCAGGAAUCUCCUUCCGGCUUGAACUGAUUUCAUGUCUCCCAACCCCAAACCUGCAGAGUGAAAUUUUCCAGAGGCUGUUUCCAUCCUAAACACUUGAAGCACUCCCCCAGAUAAUACUUUUAAGUUGGGAAAGACUUAUGUUGAUUGGAAGCUUCUGUUUUGACAAGCUGGAAGUCGGAACUUUUACAUGGUGCUUUAAAAUGGUUAACGCAAUGAACAAGAAGUUUAGACUGAUAGUCGUUGAGCCUUUUGGAGUAGGCUUGGUCACUCCUGGUCUUUGUUCUAUAAAGGCUUGGGGAUGUGCUGGGGCUCUUGUACAGUAUUCUCUCUUCCACUGAUGUAUUUUUGUUUUGUAUAAAUGUAACUCUACGUGUAUAACACGUAUUAAAUAUUUUGCAGCUGUUUAA